AUGCCCGACAAUCAUGAAUCACCAGAGUCAAAACACAUUCCACGGGAAGCGACAUCUGCAGAGCAGCCAACGAUAACAAAUCAAGGGCCUUCGCCAACAGCCGGUCCCACUCCCGCCUCGCAGCUCCCCAGAAGCCAAUCCCUGCAGAUACCCUCCACCCGAACAAAUGUAAUUCCCAGCCGCUCCUCGAUUUCGCCGUCCCGCGCCGUCUCCGAUGCAGGUCGGCGACCAUCGCAGCAAAAUCAUGUUCGAUUCUCGACUGAUCUAGAACGCCCUGCGGUGGACGAGGCCCAAGGGUCCAAUUGGGAUCGUCGACCAGCCUCAAGGGGAUUGACCAUUGACACGAACCUCCCGGACAAUUCAAGCGCCACUUCGCCAUUGUCUCCGCGCUCCGCAUUGUCCCCUCCGUCCCCGCAGAGUCCUGAAUCUGGGGGUCGGUCAAGGUCCCGCCACCGUGGAUACUCCCUGCGACGAACAAUUUUCGCCAAGAAUAUCGAGUCGCAGUCGGCCGUUACUUCUCCCGACGCGAUCGAGUUAGGUACCGCUUUGCCCGUGAGCCCUCAGCAGGUCGAGGCUUCAGCAGAUGGCCUUGCUCGAGCAGCAACGGCGAACGAAAACGGGCUGGCGCUGGCAGAUGAGAAACAGGAGGUGCUGGUCAUGCAAAGAUCGGCCUCAGAUGCCAACUUGGACUUAUCCACAACUUAUUACUCGGAGCCUUCAGAGAACCUGAAAGAUGGCAGACACCUUUCCACGACCUUCUCAUACGACCGGUGGCUGAAGCGCAAAGCCGUGAUUGCCACGCUCAAGCUUCGUAUCGAGACGAUGGCCGAGACAGUUCGCAAAUCUAUACUCCGCAUCAAGGAGAUCCCCCCAAGCAAAGACGGGCGCCAUAUCGAUCUCAAUCCUGCCCGGACAGAAACGUUGGUGGAUGAGAGAACCGGAAAGCCGUAUCUAGGGAACUCCAUCCGUUCCAGCCGAUACAGUUUCUGGAGCUUCUUUCCCCGCCAACUGUUCGCCCAAUUUACCAAGCUUGCGAAUUUCUAUUUCCUGAUAGUCGCCAUCCUGCAAAUGAUCCCUGGGCUGAGUACCACUGGUACCUACACCACGAUUGUUCCGCUACUUAUCUUCGUCGGUAUCUCUAUGGGUAAAGAAGGGUUUGAUGACUGGCGCCGUUAUCGCCUGGACAAGGAAGAGAACAAUCGGAACGCCCUUGUCUUGCGUCCAAAUGCUGGAAUUUAUCAUCCGGCUUCUGCCAACGACAACAUCUCCGUGAUCAGCGACGUGCAAGAUUGGACGUCAAUCAAAUGGAAGGAUAUUCAAGUGGGCGAUGUGAUUAAAUUGGAGCGCGACCAGCCUGUGCCGGCGGAUAUGGUUCUGCUCCAUGCGGACGGGCCGAAUGGCGUCGCUUAUAUCGAAACCAUGGCUCUCGAUGGCGAGACGAACUUGAAGAACAAGCAGCCUUUGCAGCCGGUAGCAAAGAUAUGUGGUUCUGUGGAGGGUAUCUGCAGCAGCGCUCUACAUUUUGCGGUUGAGGAUCCCAACCUCGACCUCUACAAGUUUGAUGGCAAUGUCACGGUCGCCGCGGACGAGAAACUGCCAUUAACCAACACUGAAGUUCUCUACCGCGGUAGCAUAAUGCGCAACACUGAAAGGGCGAUCGGCAUGGUCAUCUACACAGGAGAGGAGUGCAAAAUUCGCAUGAACGCGAAUAAGAACCCUAGGAUCAAGUCUCCAUCGCUCCAGGCAAAAGUCAAUCGGGUGGUCAUGUUGAUCGUGACGCUCGUUGUAGUUCUGGCUGUAGCGUGCACAAUCGCUUACAAGUAUUGGUCCGACGACGUUGAAUCGAAAUCAUGGUACCUUUAUAAAGCGAGCGUUGACAUCGGUCCUAUCUUCACCUCCUUCCUCAUUAUGUUCAACACGAUGAUCCCUAUCUCAUUAUACGUGAGUAUGGAAAUCGUCAAAGUUGCUCAAAUGCUUCUUUUGAAUGCCGACAUCGACAUGUAUGAUCCGGAAACAGACACCCCAGUUGAAGCACGCACAUCCACCAUCAAUGAAGAGCUGGGUCAAGUCAGUUACAUCUUCUCUGACAAGACAGGCACGUUGACGAACAACUCGAUGCGCUUUCGCAAGAUGAGUGUUGCUGGUACCGCGUGGUAUCAUGACCUUGACCUUCUUCAAGAAGCAGCAAAGGACGGUGAUCAUACCAAACUGAUCCACAAAAAGCGCAGUGCCAAAGGGAAGAAGGCACUCAGUCGCAAGUCCAAUGUUUCCGAGGCUAGGAGACAUCCACCAAGAUCCUCUAUGUCAACAGCAACCGGGCUGCAGGGACUUGGUAUCUCUAUGCGCAAUCACCGGACCACAGACAUGCUUCGAUAUAUCCAGCGUAAGCCCUACACAGUCUUUGCGCGGAAGGCUAAGAUGUUUAUACUGGCCAUGGCGUUGUGCCAUACAUGUAUCCCCGAGGAUGACGACGAAGGUAACGUCUCCUUCCAAGCGGCCUCUCCUGAUGAGCUAGCGCUGGUCAUGGCUGCACAGGAGCUUGGAUAUCUUGUUCGUGACCGGCAACCGAAUACCUUAACAAUCCGCACCUACCCCAACGGCCUCGACGGGCCCGCAUGUGACGAGGUCUAUGAGAUCAUGGAUAUAAUCGAAUUCUCCAGCGCCCGAAAACGCAUGUCGGUUGUGGUUCGAAUGCCUGACCAACGCAUCUGCUUGUUUUGCAAGGGAGCCGAUAGCCAUGUCAUGCGCUUGCUCAAGCGUGCCGCCCUCGCGCAAGAGAAAGCAGUGGAGAUUGAGAGGCGCGCCAGCAAGCGUAAGGCCGCCGAGGCUGAUCAGGUUAUACGGCGCAAUAGCGAGUAUCAUAGCCGCAAGGAUAGCGGUCUUCGGACCAGCUUCAGCCGGCCGAGCAUGUCGAGACGACGGUCAAGCGUGACUGGAGAACCUGUUUCGGCGCUGAGGGAGAGUAUUGAUGUUUGGCUUCGCGAUCGGGAAACUGACGGUGGUCUCCUGACGCGUGGCAACGACCCUGAGUACUACAGCCCCCGACCAUCUGCCCAGUUGGGACGAGCAUCUAGUACGUUGUCGGAUUCGGGAAGUUCUGUGCAUGAUAACGAGGAAGAAGACUUGGUUGAGGAAGCUCUUGUUGUGAACGAGACGGCUGUCUUCGAAAGAUGUUUCCAGCAUCUCAACGAUUUCGCUACCGAAGGACUUCGGACGCUUCUGUACGGUCACCGGUUUCUUGACGAAGAUACGUACACGAGCUGGAAAAAGGCUUAUCUUGAAGCCUGUACCAGCCUUGUUGACCGUCAGGAGAAGAUUGAGAUGGUUGGCGAGCAAAUAGAGGAUCAACUUGAGCUUACAGGUGCUACAGCCAUUGAAGAUAAGCUUCAGAAGGGCGUUCCCGGGGCUAUCGACAAACUGCGUCGAGCCAACAUCAAGUUGUGGAUGCUUACUGGUGACAAGCGUGAGACGGCGAUCAAUGUUGGACACUCAUGUCGCCUUGUGAAAGACUAUUCUUCUUUGGUGAUCCUGGACCACGAGACAGGGGAGGUCGAGCGUUCGAUUGUUAAAUUCACCGCCGACAUCACCAAAGGCACCGUGGCUCACUCAGUGGUGGUCGUGGAUGGGCAGACCCUCUCGAUGAUUGAAGCCGACAAGACUCUGGAAGCGCAAUUCUUCCGACUGGCCAUCGUCGUCGAUUCAGUGAUCUGUUGCCGUGCCAGUCCUAAGCAAAAAGCAUUCUUGGUCAAGUCGAUUCGGAAGCAAGUCAAAGACAGCGUGACGCUGGCCAUCGGCGACGGUGCCAAUGACAUCGCCAUGAUCCAGGAAGCCCACGUUGGCAUUGGCAUCACUGGCAAGGAAGGGCUCCAAGCCGCUCGUAUAUCCGACUAUUCGAUUGCGCAGUUCCGGUUCCUCCUCAAGCUGCUCCUCGUCCACGGCCGUUGGAACUAUAUCCGCGUGUGCAAGUACACCCUGGGCACUUUCUGGAAGGAAAUGCUUUUCUAUCUCACACAAGCUCUCUACCAACGCUGGAACGGCUAUACAGGUACUAGUCUUUACGAGUCCUGGAGUCUGAGCAUGUUCAAUACUCUCUUCACGUCACUUGCAGUCAUCUUCUUAGGCAUUUUUACUAAGGAUCUCUCCGCCUCCACCCUCCUCGCCGUGCCAGAACUCUACACCAAAGGUCAGCGCCACGGAGGGUUCAAUAUUCGAUUAUAUAUCGGCUGGACUUUCAUGGCCACCUGUGAAGCCAUGAUCAUUUAUUUCCUUAUGUUUAGUCUCUUCGAGAAAGUCAUGUUUACCCAUACUGGAAGCGACAUCUUCUCCGCCGGUCUCCUCACCUUUACCGCCUGCGUCAUUGUCAUCAAUACGAAACUACAAGCGCUUGAAGUACACAACAAAACUUACAUGUCUCUGGCGGUCUGGAUCAUUUCCGUCGGCGGUUGGUUCUUGUGGAACCUGAUCCUUGACGUGCGCUAUAACCCCUCCUCCGGCGACGGCAUUUACCAUGUCCUCAGAAAUUUCGUCAACGUUUCGGGCCACGACCUAGCUUUCUGGGCCGUGUUGCUUGUGACGGUCGUGAGCGUGGUGGCCUUUGAGAUGACCGUCUCCGCCCUGCGGGCCUUGUUCUUCCCCGCAGACGUUGACGUCUUCCAGGAAUACGAGCAGGACCUGGACAUCCGCAUGCGGUUCGAAGAAGCGGCAGCCUCGGAACUCCAACAAGGCUGGGACCACGGCAAGAAGAAAUCCAGCUUCGAACUGGCACGGGAAGAGGAGGAGAUGGAAGCCAAGGAGCGCCAAGUCCGGGAGUUGCUGGCUCGGCCGAGAGUCAUGGUCUCGCCCACCGCCGCCGCCGCGAAGACCGGUGAUGGUCCGGUCGCAACAGAGCUGGAGUUGAAGGAAGCCUACCAGCAUCAUCCUCACAAGAGUGUUGAUGGACCAGACGACGAAGGGGAGGUCGAGAACACAGAGGGGGGCACCAAGACCCCGCGCCGCUCGGUCGAAAUCCACGAAUUAUUCUCCAAGGGCUACGGCGCAAUCCGGAAGGGCCAGUUGAAAUAG